AUGGGUCAGAGUACACGAGAGGUCUGCACUGCUGUUGUCUAUUACCUGAUCUCUAAAGAUGUGCAGCGCGAUGAGCCCUUAACCGGAGCUGCUCAGUUACGUCCCCGCACGGCCGCGCUGCGCCGAGCCGCAGCCCUGCAGGCUCCGCUGCAGCCACCAGAGGGGGACAGGAGCUCGGCCACGCGGCUCAGCUCCGGGCGGAGGAGCGGCUCGGGGAGGAGCGCGGGGAGGGGCCGUGCCGUGCCGUGCCGGCGGCGCCAUGGCGGAGAGGCGGCGGCGGGCCCGCGUGCAGGGCGGCUGGGCCGGCGGGGCGGAGGGGCGACUGGCAGGCAAGGCGGGGCGGCGGCUGGGGCCGGCGGGCAGAGCCGGGGGCGGCGGCCGCGCUCGGGGCCGAGCAGCGGAGCCGUUGUUCGGCAGGGCUCCCUUCUUCCGGUGCCCGAAGGAGGGCUCCUGAGCGCCUGCGAGGAGAAGCGCUGCGAUUUCCGUGCGUUGGAGCGCGGCUUCACGUGCUUUGUUUUGCCCUUUGCUGCAGCACCGAAGGCGCCCGAGGCCGGCAGCCGUUCCCCCGCGGGCGGCGGGCAGGCGUGGGGGAGGAGAGAUCGGCUCCGCUCUCAGGAGCGGUUUGUCUUUGAAAAGCCGUCAGAGGUGGAACGCAGAAUUCCAGAGGCAGGCGUGAUAGACAAGCCCGGUGUGUAUGAGCUCAGCAAAGGACCAACCGGUGUUUCUAGGAUUCAUUUGGUUCCUGGCUUCAUUGACUCGGAACAGGCAGACUGGAUGUUUGAACAACUCCUCCAAGACGUACCGUGGGGUCAGAGAACUCACACCAGGCAGGAAGGAUCUUUUGAGGAACCACGACUUACCUCCUGGUAUGGGGAACUUCCCUACACUUACUCCAGGAUAACAAUGCAGCCAAACCCACAUUGGCAUCCUGUGCUGACCAUGCUAAAGGAGCACAUAGAGGAGUUCACUGGCCAUACCUUCAACUCCCUUCUCUGCAACCUGUACCGAAAUGAGAAGGAUAGUGUGGACUGGCACAGUGAUGAUGAGCCAUCGCUGGGAAAAAAUCCCGUCAUUGCCUCGCUCAGCUUUGGUGCUACCCGGAUCUUUGAGAUGAGGAAGAAACCUUCCCCUGAAGAGAAUGGAGACUAUACUUAUGUAGAGAGACUAAGAAUCCCGCUUGAUCACGGGACUCUGCUGAUGAUGGAAGGAGCUACCCAGGAGGACUGGCAGCAUCGAGUACCUAAGGAGUACCAUUCCAGAGACGCACGUAUAAACUUGACCUUUAGGAUCAUUUAUCCGGAACCUGAUCGAGUUUGGAAGUGAAGAGGCACUUUGGGCAUUGUUGAAUAUAAACCGCAGAAGAUCAAGAGCCUCAGAUUCAAAAGAAGCCUACAGGAAGGAGUUCUGAGAAAUGUCUGAUGGGGAAGAGAACUGAUGUCAUGAAGAUCUUUGACAACCAGAAGUUACCUGUUAUGCAAGCUGUGCUGUUUUGUUUUCAGAAGUGGUGUGCUUUCAGGUGAUAUUAAAUCAUACACUUGGUUUGCAAAAGAAUAAUUAUUCUUAAAAGAACAUGGAAGCUCUGAGAGGUGCUGACCAGAGCAGUCAGCAGCUCAGAAUUGGCUCUAGGUUGCUGUACUGGAGUUUGCCUGGCCUUCCUGUUGUUAGGAACCAGUAAGCUGGUGAUUGCUUACCUCGAUGUUAAGCCAGGUACACUCUGUGCAUGGUUCUUGCUGCAGCUGAAUGGAACCCUCUGUACUGAACUAGAACAUUGGUUUGGUGUGUCUUCAUGUUCUGUUUCAAGUAGGAUCCAAGCAUGGGUAAAUACUCAAUGCUGUGUAACAUAUUAGAAAACCUCUUCAAUGCAAGAGUAAGUUGGUGUUAGGAAGAUGUGUCUUCUCUUAGCCAACGCUUUCUGUAGUUUCAAUUUGUUACUUGACAGGAGUUGUCAGAUUGUCAGUAUUCAGUUAUGCCCAAAUGUUAAGGUGUCGAUGACCUACAGGACAGGCUGUUGAGCUCUUUAAUUCCCUGUGUAUCAGCCAAAUUUGUUAGCAACUUCUUUAUCUAAAUUACCAAACAGCUUUAGACAUAGCUUAUUCUUCUGAAAGGAAUGAAUGUUGUUAGAAAAUCUUCUUCAUUAUCUAAUAAUGUCUCCUCUUUCAUCCCAGUUCCUACAGAAAUAUGUUUUUGGAAAUAUAUUUUCAAUUUGAUGUAAAUUCCUUCAGUUUGAAUCUAAGUUCUAGGCUCUGUGAUGCACCUCCUGAGAAUGAGCAUUGAAGCAGGCGGCCAUUUCCUUUAAUGUUUAUUUUGUUCAGGUAACUGAUAUUUUGUUUAUUACUCCAUAUGCAUGCCCGGUUUUGGCAGUUCUUACAGAGAGUGUUUUUCCUUAACCAAGGAGCUCUGCAGACUUCUCCAGGUAUUCUGACAAGGCAACAUUUUAGCAUCUGUCAGCUCAGACAAGCUACAUUUGUUCGCACUGUGUUACCUGUAGUCAUGCUGCUAGAGCAAACAGGAGGUGACGACUACUGGGAACCUUUAAAUCCCUAAACUUCAGCCUAUGGAAAUGGCAAGUUUGAAUUCACUGAAGCCGUGAUGCGUGACUGAUGGCAGGGCUAUGCUGAGGAAAAACAGUUUUUUGCUUACUUUCUCAGCUUCAAUUUAUAAUGUUAGCAAAUUGUGGUUUAGUUGAUUUGCUCUGAGCUGUGAGAAGACAAAGGUUUGCCCCAAAAUAAAACAAUUUACAAGAGAAUUGCCGUAUUCCGUAUUUC